AUGGCGCGAGUUGCCAAUGUUGUGGUAACUUCAAACACAACAGACAUGUUGGAGUACAGUACUGUCCGUCUGUCCUGCUCCUCCUCUGGAUCCUUCCUCUCUUUCCUCUGGCUGAACAGCAGCUCUGAGGUCAAAGAAAGUGACAGAGUUCAGCUCAGUCAUGGAGGCUCCACUCUCACUAUAGUCAGUGUGACCCGCUAUGACCAGGGACCAUUCAGGUGCCAGGUGUUUAAUCCUGUUAGCAAUGACACCAGUGGUCCAGUAAACCUCUCCAUCAACUUGCGUGUUGCCAAUGUUGUGGUAACUUCAAACACAACAGACAUGUUGGAGUACAGUACUGUCCGUCUGUCCUGCUCCUCCUCUGGAUCCUUCCUCUCUUUCCUCUGGCUGAACAGCAGCUCUGAGGUCAAAGAAAGUGACAGAGUUCAGCUCAGUCAUGGAGGCUCCACUCUCACUAUAGUCAGUGUGACCCGCUAUGACCAGGGACCAUUCAGGUGCCAGGUGUUUAAUCCUGUUAGCAAUGACACCAGUGGUCCAGUAAACCUCUCCAUCAACUAUGGCCCAGAAAAUAUUAUUCUUACAAUAUCUCCGUCACAAGAAAACUAUGUGGAAGGGUCAGACAUCACCCUGUCCUGUUCAGCUGACUCAAGACCUGCUGCCCUGUUCCAGUGGUUUCUGAAUGGAGAUCUGCUGUCUGAUGCUGUACCAGAGCUCAGAUUGAUGAACAUUCAGAUGAGUCAGAGUGGGAACUACAGCUGUCAAGCCUUUAACAAUAAAACUCUGAGAUAUGAAAUGACUCAGCCCUCAGUUGUCUCUGUAUUGGAGAAAAUAUCAAAGGUUUCUAUCACAGAAACCAACUCGCCGAUUGAAGGGAACUCUUUCAAUUUAACAUGUGAUGCUGCUGGCUCUGUGUUUACCAGAGAGUGGAUGAAGGGCGGCUUAAAUCUGAUUUCGGAUGACAACGUGGCACUUUACGACAACAACAGAGUGCUGUCUUUUAACAGUCUGAGUAAAAAAGACAAUGGAGAUUAUGUUUGUAAAGUCAGCAACACCUUCAGCCAGGAUGAAACUAAAUACACCAUGGUUGUUUCCUUUGGACCAGAAAAUGUUCAAAUCAACGGUCCAAGUGAGAUACCUUGGGGAGAUACCUUAACAUUAACCUGCUCUGCUGAGUCCGUACCUGCUACCUACACCUGGAUACUGAAAGGGACAGAGAUACACUAUUCUUCUGUUUUGACAAAAAAAACCACUAAACCUUUGGAUAAUGGCAACUACACCUGUGAAGUGAUGAAUCAUAUAACUGGGAGAAAUUCAUCAGCGACCCAUGGACUGUCUGUAACAGAAAGAAAGUCUGGAGGUCUUUCAGCUGGUGCCAUUGCUGGAAUAGUUUUAGGUUUAGUGGCUCUUUGUGCAGCAGCUGGUGGAGGGGGGUAUUAUUAUAAAAACAAAAUCAUCAAGAAAGCUCCUCCACAUUCUGAUAAUAAAGAAGUGGAAGAACCUGUGUAUGAGAACACAUCAACGGUAUAUGAAAACUUAUAA